AAUGAACGCAAUGUUUGAGUGAAAUGCGAGUCAAAGCGUUCAAAGAGUCGACGAAAACACUUCAACACAAGCAGUGAAACGCCGUUUCAGUCAAUCGACACAUAAUUGUCAUUAAAAGGCAUUUAAUUGCCGUUUAAUUGCACUCAAGGUAUGAAAUAUUGUCUCAAAUAUCACUAAUUGUCUGAAUAUUGCUGAAUACAUGCACUCAAUGGUCAAACAAUUGGUGUUUCGCCAGCAAAACGCGGGGAAUAUUGUUUGAAAGCAUUGAAUUAGUUGUGAAAAUGCCGUAAAAGUAGUAAAUAUAUGUGAAUUGUGUGUAACUAUUGGUGUGUUUGACAGACAACUCAAUCGGUGGUGACUGGGAAGCGAUGGCGAGGGGACAGCAGAAGAUUCAGUCGCAACAGAAGGCGGGGAAGAAGGCGGCGGACGCCAAACGGGCCCAAGGACACGACCAGAAGAAGGCCGCGCAGGCGGCGCUCACCUACCAGUGCUCUGUCUGUAAGUCCCAGAUGCCUGACCCCAAAACCUAUAAACAGCACUUCGUUAACAAACACCCGAAGGUAACCCUUCCCGAAGAGCUCAAAGAUGUGGUCGCGUAAUGCCAAUGACGGCCCACCGCACCACCAAUCCAUUCAAUUCAUACGAUUUUGUCUAUAUUUCUAACGAUUACUACAUCUAAACACCUCUCGAGGAACCCGUUCUUAUGGCACAUAAACCUGUUGUGUGUCUAUCGUAUCGACUCAUCCGUCAAACUAUUGUUUCGUUUUUUCUGUG